CCAACGACCUGACCCGAACGGCCUUUCGCAAAUCGAAGGCAGUUCGACUCACCGCACGACAGACCGACCCCUGUCUCCGUUUUCUCAAACGACACACCCCUCUCCCAGUCUCUCUCAGGCCCAGUCUCUUUCACAUUUUCGGCCGUCUGUUUUUUUCCGGGUUUGACCUCCUCUUUUUGGUUUUUCUUUCCUCCGAUCAACCGCAUACAACUACCACGACCUGUGUCCCCCCGAAACCCACACCCACCCCCCCCCUCCCUUCGUCGACCCAAACCCCCCUCCAAAUCCAAAAGACCGGAAUCAUGGCGGCGGGAGCGAAGCAACAGGCGCAGCCGCAGCUGCUUUUCGUGGAUGGUUCCUUCCAGGAGCUGGCCCGCGAGAUGGCCGACUACCUCCACAUCGCCGAUGAGGUCAAACCUUUGGUCGAGAACGAGGCCAAGAAGGAGGAGGUGCUGAGCAAGCUGGUGCGCUCGUCGGCGGCGCUGUCGUCUGUGCCCGAGAAGGAGUUCACGGCCGCCUCGAAUCUCAUGGUCCACCUCGUCCUUCAAUCCGAGGACCCCAAGAAGCACCUGCCGACCCUGUGCCAAGCCUUCAGCAAGCCCAUCGCCUCAAGCCCCGUCAACGGCGUCGGCUUGAGCCUGAAUGCCCUCAGCACCAUCUUCAACCUCAUCGCCCCCGAGAACCCGAUCCGAUUCAACGUCUUUAUGGCCAUCCUGCGCUUCCUCAAGUCGCACGCCAUGUUCGAGGCCAUCGAGCCCUACCUGAAGCACCUUCCCAGUUGGUUCGAGGAGUGGGCCACCGGCGAGGAAUUUCAGAGACAGAUGUACGAGGAGAUUGCCGAGGUCGCCAAGGAGGCUGGCAAGGAUGAGGAGAGCUACGAGUAUAUUCUCAAGGCCCUGCGCACCUUUGACGCCGACGACAAGGAGGACAUCGGCUCCGAGGACGCCCAGAGGCUAUCCCUCCGCGCCGUCCGCGAUGCCCUGCUGUCCAACACACACUACCUCUUCACCGACGUCCGCAGCAUACCUUCGGUGCAGAACCUGUCGGAAACCCAUCCUGUCUACUCGCAGCUUCUCGACAUCUUCGCCGAGCAGGACCUCGAGGACUAUAACGACUUCAACGACGAGCACGAGGGUUUCAUCGAGAAGGAGAAGCUCGACCACGAGAAGCUCCACCGCAAGAUGCGCCUCCUGACCUUCGCCUCCCUUGCCGCCCAGACGACCUCGCGCCGCAUCGAGUACUCGGCUGUCGCAAAGGCCCUCCAAGUUCCCGCCGAGGAGGUCGAGAUGUGGGCCAUCGACGUCAUCCGCGCCGGCCUCGUUGAGGGCAAGCUCUCUCAGCAGGACCAGGUCUUUCUUGUCCACAAGGUUACCUACCGCGUAUUUGGCACGCGGCAAUGGCAAGAGCUCGCCACCCGUCUCGACUCGUGGAAGGGCACCUUUUCCAACCUGCACGACGUCAUCCGCAAGGAGCAGGCCAACGCCAAGGCCCAGAAGGAACGCGAGGCGCAGGAGGCCGAACGUAAGGCCCAGAACCCGGGUAACGAGGGUGGUGCGAGCGGUGGUCGUCAGCAGAGAAACCAGGGACGCCGCGACAACAACCAGCAGCGCGAGCCUAGGGAGCCCAGGGAGCCCAGAGAGCCCAGAGAGCCCAAGGAGCGGACGGACAACGACGACUAAACAAAAAAUGUUCGAGGGUGAUGACGGUUGAGGUGGGAGGGUCUGUCGUUUGAGCAGUCAGUCAAUGAGGGCUUUGCCUUUGUCUGGCGCAGGUUCCGCCGUACCCUUCUCGAUACCUCGUGCGGGUGAAGAAUACCUAUGACAUGAGGGGUAGGAGGGGUACAAGGAUGGGGAACCGUCGGGCAUCUUUAUUUUUUCCAGGGCAGAGGAAUGAAAGGGGGGGGUCCCAUCUAUCCGUAUCCGUGUUUAUGUAAUUACGGCAAGGAGAAAGAAAGGGGGAAACGUGUGUUUUUAAAAUCAUGGACGACGUUUUCAGCGGAUUGGGAGCCGAGCCUUUUUUAAAUAAAAGAAAUGCUACCG